AUGUUUGAACGAGGUCGCCGCUUUCCGCCAGGAGCAAUCGAUGUGGACGCCUUUCUCUUUGGUGGGACCAAAGCACAGUCGCGGGCCUUGGCCGGCCUGAAGUGGCUAGCCAAAACGGGCACCUUGGGCCUCGAGUUGGGAGGUUACGACUUCCGCCAGAACCCCCAAAAGGAGCCCAAGCAGGCGGCGGUGCUGGUGCCAACAAUGGUACCUAUCCUGGAGCAAGCAGUACAGGACAUGUAUCAGGCCAACAACCCUCUGUGGCGUGUUCUGGUGGGGCUUUGGUGCUGCAUGACGGGGUGUUUGCGGUUUGAACACUUGCGGCGGGCAUCCCCUAUGCGACUCUCCAGAUCGACCUUCCACUUCCACUGCAAUCGAGGGAAGCAGCGCGGCAAUCGUGCAGGCUUCGACUUUGCGGUGCCGGCGGUCUUUUGCUCUGGAUGGCCUUGGGCCCGUCUCUGGUUGAAGAGUUGGCAAGCCCUGCCCCAAGGUGCACAGACCUACAGCGGGUUGCCAUUCGAUGCUGCAGGGGCACCCUUUACCACGGCCCAAGCGAUCAAGGUGGCGCAGGACAUCUUCACGCCACAUGUGGGAGCUGACGUUACCAGCUUAUUGUCAUACUCGUUUCGGCGUGUAGGGCCGACAUACGCCAAUUUGGCCGGAUGGGCAGCUUCGGAUCAACUUGCACUAGGAGAUUGGCUAGACACAACCAAGCAGAAGGCCCAGGGAAUCACUAUGCCACUGCGUUACAGUGGAGCCAGGUAUACGACGAGUGUCCGUCGCAAGCACUGGCUGGCAGGCUCCAUCGGUGUGCUGACCUCCUUUGCGACAUGGGAUGAGAUUCCAGGUGCCGAGUUGGCCAAGGCGGAGUCGACCGGGGCGGCAAUGAUGGAAGUGGCUAUUCAGAGGGAUCUGCGUACAGAAUGGCAGAGCCCUAUUCGCCUCCGGGAGACUAAGCCCCGCUUCAACGUGCCACGUACAUUGCCGUUGCCUGACAGAGUCGAGUACAUGAUACCAAGGAAGAUCAACGGCAAGAGGGUGUCGGCUUCACUUCGUGAUGGAGCACGUCUUUGUGUCGAAUAUCAGAGGGGGAGGUGCAGUGGUCCUUCCCCUUGCCCGGCAGGCCAGCAUCGAUGCGCGAUCCUGGUUCAGUCAGGUCGCGUUUGUGGUGGUUCCCAUCCGGCCAAGGAAUGCAGGGAGAAUCGCGCGGUGCUUGCGUCUCCAUCGCCUGAGCGUGAGGGGACACGCCCCAAGGUGGCCGCGGUGGUCCUGCGGCCACGAGCAGGGGCACCUAAGGCUUCCACUGCGCAGGCGAAGGAGGAGGCUGCGGCAUUGCUGCCUCAUCCUAAGAAGGGGCCUGACGCCAGCGACCUUCCGCCACUGAAGCGGCAGCGGAUGGAAUCCCCAGCAGUUCCCGUGAGGCCACCGCCUGAAGCCCCGCGGCGGAUUCCUGCAGAGCCUAAGCGCCCUGGGCAGUCAGGGGCUGACGCCUGGUCUCGGAGGAGUGGGGCGAGCAAUCUGGAGGUGCACUUCGAUCGUCUGGCUACAGUGGGUGGCAAUUCGGCGGAGCGGCCUACGAAGAUCUGGGAAGGAGCGAAUGGUGGUAUCUUGUGGCUGGCAGGGCUGCCUACGAAGGACACAGCGUCUUCCUUUCCGCGCUGUGACAUUCAGCUCAAUUGGAUGCAGCAGGCGGUGGCAGCACGAGGUGGCGUGGCGUUGCCGGGUGCCCUUCAUCUCCAGAUCAGCAUCACUGAUUCGACGUCUCGGGACGAUCAGUGGCGCGAAGCCUGGCCAGUCAUUCGCCAGACCCUCUUCACAGGAGGUAGUGUCCUGGGCCACUGCAUGGCUGGCCGCCAUCGAGCUGCCACUGGGCAGUCCCUCCUCUUGGCCUUGGUGGACAACAUCAGCUUCGAGGAAGCCCAGAGGUGUGUCAGCCGUCUACGUGACGUCGAGAUCUACAAGGCAAUGGCUCAGGGCACGGUGGCGAAGUGGGUCCGCUACACCCGAAAGAACAGCAUGUCGGGCAAGGUUUGGCCAUCCCCUCGAGCAUUCAUCUUCACGGACCGGUCCCAGAUUCACUUGGAAGUGGAGCAAGGAGUGCCUCUUUGCAAGCAUCGCCAAGGGUCCAUUGCUAGCCAAAGGCUCAAGGAUGUGACCGAGGUUGAGUCCGUGGAGGAAGCCCAGGGCUACGAUCGUCCCUUCUGCAAAGACUGCCUCCAGCGGGCAGCAGCGAAGCCCGGCCGAUCCUUAGUGGAGGGGUGUGGAGUGGCCACUUUUCACUUAGUGCCGAGAGACGGCGCUGAUUUUCGUGCUACACUUGUGUCGCUGCAACUCAAUUUCGAAUUUGCUGAUGAAAUCCUCGAGGCCCUGGUCAAGGCCAAGCUCAAGAACCUUGAGGAAUUCCGGUACUUCUUCGAGUCGGAAGCCGAGAUAGGGGUCUGGGUUCAGAGACUCAACUUGGGCGAUGUCCAGGGCGUGCAAACCGCACGUUUGAGGCGCACCUGGGCUGCAGUGAAGGUUUUCUUUCAGCAUGCUGACGCAGGGAGGACCAAAAUCGGCGAAUCAGACUUGGACGAUCUCUUGGAUGAUACAAGCCUGCGUGACAUGAAGCAGCAAUUCUGGCGCAGGUAUCGUACCAGAUUCCCCCCCGAGCUCUAUCCUUCGGAUGCAACACUCUCGCGAGUGACGCGAGAAUUAAACAAGCGCCUCCUGUGCGUUUUCUCCGUAUGGAAGGUCAAGAGCUUGCAGUUCCAGCUGGUUACUACCAGCAAGAAGAGACGCUUGGGGGACGGCCUGUUCACGGAGGAGACGGAGCAGGAGGAGUCAAUCCCGCACGAUUGGGAAAACUACCUCGACCGCCUCCACAUCCUCUUGACAGCCUACGCGUUGGCGCCACUGGACGUCCUUAUGGAGUACUACUACCGCGCCAAGAGGUCGGUGGUUUCGCUACCAGCACACAAGCGGCUGGACUGGCUGCAGCAGAGAGACUCCGAGGAGAGGGCAGUCUGGGUGGCCAAGUUCCGCGAGUCCACCAAGACACUCGGCCAAGUCGUUCGUGAGGUGUUCAAUCUCAGAGACGCGCACUGGAUCGCCAUCCAAAGCGGAGGCCCAGGAGAAUCUACCCACAAUCCCACACCGAAGAUGCUGGCCGCGGUAACUACCCAGCUACCGAGCCCGCCUAAACUUUCCUCGUUCCAGCUCGGCACCCCGGUAGCGGGCAAGAAGGUGGCCAGAGUCAUGAAGGAUGGCAAGCGUCUGUGCGUCGAGUUCCAGCAAGGACGUUGCAACAAAGGAGCCAAGUGCCCUGAUCGGCACAUGUGCGGGAUUGUCCUUCGAGGCGAGCGAGUCUGUGGUUCAACGAAGCAUGGGGCUAAGGACUGCAAGCAGAAAGUGAAGGCCUGA